CAUGGGCUGCACGCAGGGGGCAGGCCUUGCGGUGCCGGUACGCCGUUCUUACUGGUGUUCACGGUUGUCUGUCAAGGCGCCCAUGCCCUCCGAUUGGCCGCCACCUUCCGGGCGGGCUCGGCUUCGCGUAAGCGCCGAGCGGCACCACUCAGCGGCGGCACCGGGGGGAGGGCGCCGCAACGUUUAUUGGUCCGCAGGGCUGUCCAUCAGCAGCGUCCCGCACAGCCAUUGGUGGUGGCAGUCCGGGGGCGGGGCCUCUCUCCCCGCCGCGGCAGCAGCAGGAGGAACCAGAGCGGCGCUCGGCGCUGGGUUCGGCGCCCCUCGUGUGUGAGGAGCCGCCACCCGCCGGGCGCGGCGUCCCGGGAAGGAGCCCGAGUACGAGCCCGGGAAGGAGCGCUCCGCCCCGGUGAGGAGCCCGGCAUUCAAAAGGGAUGUUCUUGCUGAUUCAAGACCAAACAGUUCUGUCCAGGACUCUACACUGGGGAUAAGGACAUGGGACUCCUCCUGCCAGAUUCCAGCUGGUUCAUCACAACUGACAUCUUGGCUGACAACUGUGAAAAGGAUCUUCGGAUUAUUCGAUUUUAUUUUUGUGGGAGACCACAAUCCCCAAACUCUAGGACAUAUCAGGUUCCAUAUUUCUUGUAGAAUUUUAAAAUAACCUUUUCUAAUGAGGAUGUCUGAUAUUCUUACUGUAAAACAUGAAACUGAUGCAAUGAAGGGUUCAGAAGCUGAAUUUAAAGAUACAGACCCAGUUGAAAACCUAAAAAAAUCAGGAAGUGAGGAAGAGAUUCAAGUGGAAAAGGAUGAAAAUUGUCCUGAUAACAAAAACAAUAUGCCGCGGCCAGCGCAGUCCUUUGCACAGACGGCCAAAAGGUCCAAGUCAAACACAAAGUUAAAGUUAGUUCGGAGCCUUGCUGUAUGUGAAGAAUAUCCACCACCUCCCACAGCUGAAAUAUCCCAGGACCUCCAGGAGACAAUUCAGAUCCAGUUGUCACAGUCUUUUGAAAAAGAAGAAAAACCUGCAAAAGAUGAAUCAGAAAAGGAAAAAUCCAGUGAUAAACUGUCCAGAAAAAUGUUAUCAAGAGAUUCCAGCCAGGAGUAUACAGAUUCCACUGGUAUAGAUCUUCAUGAAUUUUUAGUAAAUACAUUAAAAAACAAUCCCAGGGACAGAAUGAUGCUGCUGAAAUUAGAACAGGAAAUUUUAGAUUUCAUUGGUAAUAAUGAAGUACCAAGAAAAAAGUUUCCCCCAAUGACAUCUUACCAUAGAAUGCUGUUGCACAGGGUAGCUGCUUACUUUGGAUUAGAGCACAACGUGGACCAGAGUGGGAAGUCAGUCAUAGUGAAUAAAACUAGCAAUACAAGAAUACCUGACCAAAAGUUUUGUGAGCAUAUAAAGGAUGAGAAGAGCGAUGACUUCCAGAAGCGGUACAUCCUUAAGAGAGAUAACUCUAGUUUAGACAAAGAUGACAACCAGAUGAGAAUACGAUUAAAAGAUGACAGAAGAAGUAAAUCUAUAGAAGAACGUGAAGAAGAAUAUCAGAGAGCUAGAGAAAGAAUAUUUGCACAAGAUUCCCUGUGUUCCCAAGAGAAUUAUUUCAUUGAUAAAAGAAUCCAGGAGGAAGAAACUAAUAGUACACAACAAAGACGACAGAUACUUAGAAUCAAUAAGGAGGCAUCGGGGAGAUCGGCCAACAGCCACCAGAGCAGCACGGAGACGGAGCCGCGGCCCUGGAGCAGCACGGACUCGGACAGCUCCCUGCGCAACCUGAAACCCGCUGUCACCAAGGCCAGCAGCUUCAGCGGCAUCUCGGUGCUGAGCCGCGGGGACAGCUCUGGCAGCAGCAAGAGCACGGGCAGGCUGUCCAAAACAGGUUCAGAAUCUUCUAGUAGUGUAGGGUCCUCCACGGGUUCUCUCUCUCACAGCCAGCAGCCUCUUCCAGUGCCAGCUCUAAGCCAGCCCUCCCCUGGCACGCCUGCCGUGUAUCCAACUGUCAGCUCUAGUAACUCUCUUUCCUUUGAUGGUGGCAUGAGCGGGCAAGUGGCACCUGCUGCUGGCAGUAGCUUCUUUCUGCUUCCCUUGGAAGCAGCGGGCAUCCCGCCUGGCAGUGUGCUGGUCAACCCUCAAACAGGUCAGCCAUUCCUCAAUCCUGAUGGCACUCCGGUGGUGUACAACCCUCCCCUGCCUCAGCAGCCUGUUAGGAGCCAAGUGCCUGGAGCUGCACCUCAGCCAGCCCUGCCCAGCCCCAGCCAGCACCAACCCGGAGCCAACCCCGUCCUCUCACAGCAAGACAACCUGGGAUCGCAGUUCAGCCACCUGAGCCUGGCGCGGCAGCCGCCGGCCGAGGGCGCGGAGCCGGGCCCGGCGCUGUUCCAGCCCGGCGUGGUGCUGCAGCCCCCGCAGCAGCCGGGCUUCAUCCUCGCCGCCGCGCCCGCAGCGCCGCCCGCAGCGCCCCCCGCGCCCGCCCCGCCCUACUCGGGCCCCGCGCACGCCGUGGGCCAGCCCGUGCUCCCGCAGCAGGGAUACGUGCAGCAGCCCGUGCCACAGAUGCCACCCUGUUACUGUACCCCCAGCCAGUACCCGCACUCCAGCCAGCAGUACCGCCCUGUGUCUGUCCAUUACAGCACACAGCAGAGCCAGGCCCUGCCCCAGCCUGGCCAGCAGACAGGUUACCAGAUUUUGCCCAACCAGCAGCAAAACUACCAGGGUUUAGUUGGAGUUCAGCAGUCUCAGAAUCAAAAUUUAGUCAGUGGCCAACACAACAACAUUGGGAAUCAAAUUCAAGGUGUGAUUGUUCCAUAUCCCUCAGUGCCAUCUUAUCAGGUUUCGGUGCCUCAAGGUUCCCAAGCAGUGCCCCAGCAGACAUAUCAGCAGCCUGUUAUAAUUCCCAGCCAGUCCAGCCAAGGACUGCCCACCACAGGAAUGCCAGUCUACUACAGUGUCAUUCCAUCAGGUCAACAGAACAAUCUAAGUUCAUCUGUAGGAUAUUUGCAGCCUCCUGGAUCAGAGCAGAUACAGUUUCCUAGAACAUCAUCACCAUGCAACUCACAGCAGAUUCAAGGACAGCAGUGUGCAGUUUAUAGCAACCAUUCAAGUCAGAAGCCAUCACCUCCUACAUUAUUGCCACCUUCAUCCAAGUCAAAGCCACAGCAGGCUGCUUCCAUUGUGCACUACAGCAUAGUGUCUCCACCCUCAUCAUGUAAAAGUUCACCCACUGGUCUUUCCAUCAUGCAGCCAAAAAAAGCCGUGGCGCCGCCGCCCGCCGGGGGGGUGGUGAUGAUGCAGCUCAACGUGCCGGGCAGCGCCGCGCCGCGGAACCCGUCCCCGCCGCAGAGGAGAGCGGGCAAGUACUACUGUGAGCACCCCCGCGGGCACAAGGGCACGGAAAUCAGCACUUUAGACGGUGCUGCGCAGCUGCAGCAUAGUCCUCAACUGGGCAGCCCUGCCACCUCACCAGCCCAAUCACCAGCACCAGCCCAGCUGUCAAACAUGAAGAACAUCCGUCCCACACUGACACCUCUUUCUAUCGUGUCUCAGUUUUCUAGACCUUUUGUCCCUGGACAAGAUGCCAGAUACCCAUUGCUUGGCCAACCCCUGCAAUACAAUCCAUCUUUGUUACGUGGACAAGUAACAAGCCAACAGUGUCAGCCUGGAAACAGACAUGGAAACAGGGGAAGGAAACCAGCAAAGAAGGCUGCUUCAGCAGAUCUUGGUGCAGGAGAACCAGUUGUGGGGAAAGUUCUAGAAAUUACUGAGCUGCCAGAAGGCAUCACUCGUAUGGAAGCAGAGAAGCUCUUUGGAGAACUGUUGAAGGUGGGUGCCAAGAUCCGGUGGCUGAGGGAUUCCCAGUGCCUGCAGCAGCAGCAGCAGCAGCGGCGGUUCUGCGGGGACGGCGGCGGGGGCGCCGGGGACUUGGCCUCCAGCUACACGGUGCUGGCCACCUUCCCCAGCAUGGCGGCCGCGCAGAGCGCGCUCAAGAGACAGAGCGGCGGCGCGGGCAGCAAGUUCCGCCUGAGAAGCAGCAAGAAGCACUGCGAGCUGCACGGCCUGGAGAGGGCCAGCUCGCAGUAGCGGCUGCACCGCUGCGCUGGACACUCGGCCUUUGCUGCUCCCACGUCUCCCUCCUCCAUCGGUUUGGUGUCAUGGGCUUUCCGUUCUCUUCAGAGAGACUCCUGGGAUGUUUUGUCACGUGACAUUCGCCAUUGAAGAAUAAAUAACCCAGUGAAUCCAGCAAGAUGAAGAAAAAAAUUUACAGAGCUACUCCCAGACAAUAGCAAGGAAUCAUCUUUGCGACAGGCAGCUUUCUGUAAGGAAUGCUGCUGAAAUGCCCCCUACUUUUAUAGUAGUUUUGUUUUAUAUUUUUGAAAUCUUGUAUCAGAUCCAAAGUUCUAUUGUACAGCAGAUGUUCAUAAAAAUCCAUAUGCAGAUUUGUAUUUUAUAAUCCCUUUUCACAGCCAGCACACAGCAGUCCAUUCCAAGGCAGGAACCUGAGGAUUGGUGGAGGGGAAAAGAGAGCCAUUCUCAAGGAAUUAUAUUCAUUUUCUAGCAAACUACCCAAGAUCUUCAAGUUAACCUGUUCUUUGCCCCUUGUGUGUCUUUUCUUUUUUUCUUUCUUUUUUCCUCUUUUUUUUCUUCUUUUGCUGUUUUUCUUUAAGAAAAAAAGAAUAUCGUUUUAGUAACUAACUCCUAUGGUGGUCCUUGUCUUUUGCAAUAUAUUCAAACAAUGUCAAAAAAAAUUACAAGUUUGUACCCUUGAAGAAUUUGCUUCUGAUCCAGCAAGUUUAAUAAUUACUAGAAGGGGAUUAUGAAUAGGUUACAAAGAAUGUUCACUGAAUCACAUUUUAAUAUUUCUUUUUAACAGAAGUGUGAAGAAACUUUAUGUAUCUUCAUACAAGUGACAAAAUGUUUGCACUUUAAUUGUGUUCCCACCAGUAUGGGUCUCUUUCUCUUCCUUUUCACGCUAAGAUAAUUGUGUUUGGUAAGUGCUGGAAACCUUUUUAAUAGUUUAAGUUUUCAUCAUUUGCAGAUGCUCACUGGACAUUAAAGAUUCAUUGCACAUAAAUGAAACAAAACUUUUUUCAACUUGUGUAAUUUGCAAGUCUGUACAAUGUGUGCUGAUGCAAGCCUUUUUCAGUUCAAAAGAAUAAAUGUUUACAAACACAAA